CCGACCUCGACCGGGUGGCUGGCGUCCAUUGAUAGGGCGCGCGGCGGACGACGACCGCGGCGCUCACGGGGGCGGCGUAUGCACGCCCUCGCCGCUCCGCCUGUGCCUCAGUCGAGGAUGUGGCGUUCUCCGCGCGACGACUCAGUCCGCGUGCGAAACCUGUGUUCAUUUAUCAGUAGAUAUUCGUGACCUUUCAGUGUGAUUAACGUGCCGUGUAUAUGUAGUUUCCUAAACGUAAUGUGCUGUGAUCACGUCAAUUUUGAUAGGACCUUAAGUUAGUUUUAGUAGGAGAGUGUAGUGCGUACGCGCCGGUGCGGUGUCGUCCACAGGGAGUUGAAUGUGAGUGCAGGUGCGGUGUUGCGCACGAGGUGGUGUGGAUUGUGCAGUGCGGGAAUGCGCUCGUGCGAUGCUCUCGGUGAUCGCGAUGCGUCGGCCGGAGGACGAGGAGCUGGGAGGCCGCGGCGACGGCGACGAGUUCGUGGACAUCUCGCAGAUGCAGCUGCUGGUCGAGGCGGGCCCGAGCGGGCUACACUACGGAGGCCCGCCGCCGCCACACGCGCAGCCGCAGCCCUACGCGCAGCCGCCCGCGCACCCCGCUACCACCACCGCGUCCGUCGACGACCUGUUCGCACUCUACUUCACACCCACUACGCAUGGUACACUGACAGGCGAUGAGCUGUCGUUAGGAUGCUCACCUCGACGGCACAAGCACGAAGCAUCGUUGUCACCGGGCGCACGCGCCGAGGACGCUAGCAAUGCGUCAAGCGCUAGUGCAUCAUUGUACGGGCCGUCGGCCGGCAGCGGCGGCAAACGAGCGCCCUCCCCGCCGCUGCAGUGGCUGCUGCCGCCCGGCCCCGGCCCCGGCAGCGUAGACAAAUACUUCCAACAAGAGUAUGAGGAGCGCGUGGAGCUGCUCCCUCCGGAGUGCCAGCCUUACUGUGCCCCGUCACAGCCGUGCCCGCCACCGCAACACUGUGAAUACCGCCCUCCGCCGCAACCACAACAACAACACACGUGGGAGACGCAGGAGUACGCUAGUGCGCCGCAGCCUACCCCCGGACCCUCAGGCCUCCCAAAGCGCGAGCCCUACCCGAGUCCGGCCGGUCCUAGCGACAGACCAGUGCAGCUAGCAGAAUAUAACCCGUCCACGAGCAAAGGACAUGAAAUCCUAUCUCAAGUGUACCAACAAAGUGCGCAACCGCUCCGGCUCGUCGCGGUCAAGCCUCGCAAAUAUCCUAACAGGCCGAGCAAAACCCCCGUCCACGAGCGGCCAUACGCAUGCCCAGUGGAAGGCUGCGACCGUAGGUUCUCGCGGUCAGACGAGCUAACGCGGCAUAUCCGCAUUCACACUGGCCAGAAACCGUUCCAGUGUCGAAUCUGCAUGCGGUCGUUUAGCCGAUCAGAUCACCUGACGACGCAUGUGCGCACCCACACGGGCGAGAAGCCGUUCGCAUGCGACGUGUGCGGACGCAAGUUCGCGCGCUCGGACGAGAAGAAGCGGCAUGCUAAAGUGCACCUGAAGCAGCGACUGAAGCGCGAGCGCGGCGGAGGUGGCGCGCACCACCACGAGCAUGGGCACGCGUCGCUCUAGCAUCCGCCCGCCACCGCUACCGCGGUGCGGCCGCCGGCCGACUCCUCCGACGAAAGUGGCGGUGACUCCUCCACGGACAACUGAACUUUUUUAUACUUUCACGUUGAAAUUAUCGAAUAAUUUCAUCGCUUAGGUGUAAAUGAAUUGUCUUUAACAAAGCUUUAUUAACUCUACAUUUGUAAAUUCACUGAAAUUUAUAUAUAUCUUUUUAUACAUAUUUGUAAUUACUAUGGUAGGAUUCGAUUUGCUCGAUGUAUUUAUUUUAUUAGAUAGGUUAAUUGAAAAACUGACUGGGAACAAACGUAGAUACGAAGCGAUGUGGCCUAAUGUGUCCAGUGUGCGUGUCGUUACGUUUCUAUGCAAAGAGAACUUUGUAGCCUCGUGUGAUGUUUAAGUCACUGUCGUCCUCGGCGUUAUGUGAACACAUAUCUUUCUGUCUGAUGAUGGCAGUCCAACGGAUAGGCUUAACAGUGUCUCGCAUAGAUAUUCUCUUGAUAAGCUAUCGAUUAGUUAUACGUUGUUGUAUCUGUAUUUAACAAGUGACUAUUAUGAAGUUGAAUAUGAACUGUACUCGUAACUUUGACUGAAACCGUCUUCUUGACAUCGACAGCGAGAACUAAUUGAUACCUAAUGUGACAAAUUCUGGAGGUAAACCUGCCUAGGACUACCUACUUAAGUAUUGUAGGUAUAUUUAAUAUUCUUAUAUUUGACAAACUAACGUGAAACUGUGCCAUUAAUUUAACUUUACAACGUGCCACUGCAAUUUUUAUUUACAUAAUUGUGUAAUUAAAUAAGUAUAACACGACUGCUGAAUAAGUGAUAACUAUGAUUAUUUCGUUAUUGUACUAUAUUUCUAGUCGAAGAUAAAGUAUAAACGUGAGAAUGUCGACUAUUAUGUUUGUUUAGAUAAUAUUAAUAUCUGCCAUUACUAACAUUAUGUAUUUACGUUUCGACAGCUGCUGUCACGAUCUUCUCUUGCUCAAACGUUUAAUUUAACUAAAUUUGCUCAAUUCUGCUUCUGGUACGGACUCAUCCUUGAGAUAUGGCUACUUUAUAUUUCUACUAAUGUUCUUCGUUGCGCUCACAUGUGUUGCUCUCUUCAGGCACUUGUUGUUCAAUCAUUUCACUAUGACGUUUUCCCAGUGGCAUAUAUUUUUAUAGUGUACGUAUUAUUAAAUAGACUAAUAUAGUAAAAGUUUAGCAUGUAGCGUUUAAAUUAUGAUCUCUUAAUCAUUAAUAAUUAUUUUCAAUCGUAGCGAAGGCCCUUUAUUUAUAAUACUCAUAAGUUUCUGUAUAGAUGUAACUAUGUGUAAGAUUCAUUUUUUGGAUUUCUGUAACUGUGAUGACGAUGUUACACUAGCUAUUAUAAUAUGAUAAAAUUAUGGCCACAUGCCAACCAUUAGGUAGGUAGAUGACCACUGCAUUGCUUAUUAACUCUGUGACAUUUUGCCAUUAUUGUAAUAUUUAAUAAGACACCUAUAUUUAUGGUACGACUCCUUACUAUAAUAACUUUAAAAGCAUAUUGAGUUCUUAAGUAAUGCAGUUCGAAAACUGAGUAUUAUAUUCUCCACGUUUUCUCAUAUUUCUGAGUACAAAAUUAAGCACAAAAUAGUCGUAACUUUGUCAUUUAGAUACUUCAAUUAAAAAUGUUUUUUACGGGACAGCCUUCGCAACUAUGCUACUUUUGUACUAGUUCCAAGUAAAAAAUAUUUUUGUUGGAUAGGUACAUAAUCCCAACACAUCAGGUCUUUAGAUUAGGAGUAAUUCAACAAAUAGUGCAGUCGUAACAAUCCGGAAUUAAAAUGUCAACAAACAAACAGUGAUAAAGUACAGGGUGGGCCUUUCAGUAACGUCGGUCAUUAUGAAUUUAAGAAAUCUGACAAUAAUAUUACUAACUCUUGCGCUUGCAAGCUACCCACUAACUGCAAAUGGGAGCGGUACCUAUGCCGCCGUGGUUAUCGUUUAAUUUAACGUGGACAUUUUUAACUUCAAUAGUAGGCACGUCAUCACGUCUCUGCAGAGCACCGUUCCCAAGCUAUACCGUCGCUUACGAAGCUAUGUAAGACGAAGUGCCAGGGGCACGUUCCAUGCUCCCGCGCAAUAUAACAAUGUGGUGUACGAGUUUAUAAUGUUUUUACUGUUAUAGACGAGACGAAGUCUCCGAUAGACAAGGCUAGAGUAGAUAGGUAUUAAAAAUCGUAUUCAUGUUAAACAAACGAGUGAAAAUUGAAACGGAAAAGACUAAAUUCUUACACAUUUACAUAAUGUUGCAUCGCGUUCGCGUUAACGUUAUUGAUAUACGGUGUUUGUAUUAGGUUACGAGUUACGACUUGCCCAUUGUUUGCAUCCGCGGGCCAGUCUCGCGGGUUGGGAUGGUGGAGCGAUCUCGCAUUGUUGCAUUAUGUUCUACAUUCACACAACCCCGUGCUUCGAUGCCGCGCAUCACACGAACACUUCACGUUAAUACCUAGCUCAUAAAGUACUUUUGAAUAAAUACGAUAUCUAAGUAACUUGUAUGGUGUUCACCUGAUAGUGAAUGAGAACGAAUUCUUUAUGAAAUUGUGUAUGGUUAUUGUUUAAGCUAUCUUAUGUAUUUCACCUGAGUGAAAGAUGUUGUUGAUGUUCUAUAAAUAUACUUAGUCAUAAGUAGGUAUUGUUAAAUCUCACUAAUUUUUACUAAAUUCUAUUUAAUUAAAAUAUUUGUAAAUACACUCUGACUAAAUUUGAAUUUAAUGUGUAUAUAAGAGAAAUGAAAUUUUUAUUUAAUGAAUCCACCUAAGGUGAGGAAAUACAAAUUGUUGAAAAUUUGAA